AUGCGCGCCCUUAGUCUCGCCGUCGUUAACGGCGCUAUUGGCCUCGCCAAUGCUGCCUGUCCUUACAUGACCGGCGAGCUCAACGCCCGCGAUACCUCCAGCAACGAUGCCGCCGCUGCCACCGAGGAGUUCUUGUCGCAGUACUACCUCAACGACAACAACACCUAUAUGACGACUGAUGUCGGCGGACCCAUCGAAGACCAGAACAGUCUGAGUGUUGGCGAGCGCGGUCCGACGCUGCUGGAGGACUUUAUCUUCCGUCAGAAGAUCCAGCGGUUUGAUCAUGAGCGGGUCCCUGAACGUGCUGUCCAUGCUCGUGGUGCCGGUGCCCAUGGUACCUUCACCUCGUACGCCAACUGGGGCAACAUCACCGCCGCCUCGUUCCUGGGCGCCGAGGGCAAGCAAACCCCUAUGUUCGUGCGUUUCUCGACUGUCGCUGGUAGCCGGGGUAGUGCAGAUCUUGCCCGUGAUGUCCACGGUUUCGCGACUCGUUUCUACACCGACGAGGGCAACUUCGACCUGGUUGGAAACAACAUCCCCGUCUUCUUCAUCCAAGACGCCAUCCUCUUCCCCGACCUGAUCCACGCCGUCAAGCCCCGCGGUGACAACGAAAUCCCCCAAGCCGCCACCGCCCACGACUCUGCCUGGGACUUCUUCUCGCAGCAGCCCAGCGCCCUGCAUACACUCUUCUGGGCCAUGGCCGGCCACGGUAUCCCCCGUUCUUUCCGCCACGUCGACGGCUUCGGUGUGCACACCUUCCGUCUCGUCACUGACGACGGCGACACCAAGCUUGUCAAGUUCCACUGGAAGUCACUGCAGGGUCGCGCCAGUAUGGUCUGGGAAGAGGCGCAGCAGGUCUCGGGCAAGAACCCGGACUUUAUUCGCCAGGAUCUGUUUGAGUCGAUCGAGAACGGUUACUAUCCUGAGUGGGAGCUGGGUGCGCAGAUCAUGGAUGAGGAUGAUCAGUUGCGGUUUGGCUUUGAUCUGUUGGAUCCUACCAAGAUCGUUCCUGAGGAGCUCGUUCCCGUCACGCCUCUGGGUAAGAUGCAGCUCAACCGCAACCCGCGCAACUACUUUGCCGAGACCGAGCAGGCCAUGUUUCAACCCGGCCACAUCGUCCGCGGCAUCGACUUCACCGACGACCCCCUCCUCCAAGGCCGCCUCUUUUCCUACCUCGACACCCAACUCAACCGUCACGGCGGCCCGAACUUCGAACAACUCCCCAUCAACCAGCCCCGCGUCCCCUUCCACAACAACAACCGCGACGGUGCAGCCCAGAUGUUCAUCCCCCUAAACCGCGAUGCCUACACGCCCGGCCCCCACACCACCAACCAAGGCGCCCCCAAACAAGCCAACCAAACCGUCGGCAAGGGCUUCUUCACAGCGCCCAACCGCAAACCCGGCGGCACCCUCCAGCGCACCGUCUCCUCGACCUUCAGCGACAACUGGUCGCAGCCGCGCCUCUUCUACAACUCACUCGAUCCCGUCGAGCAGCAAUUCAUCGUCGACGCGAUGCGCUUCGAGAACUCGAAUGUCAAGUCCGAGGUCGUCCGCAACAACGUCAUCAUCCAGCUGAACCGUGUCUCCAACGACCUUGCCCGCCGCGUCGCCCGUGCCAUCGGCAUCGAAGAACCCUCUCCGGACCCUACCUUCUACCACAACAACAAGACGACCAACGUGGGUACCUUCGGCGGUAAGCUGCAGAAGCUCGAGGGUUUGAAGGUCGGCUACCUCGCGUCCGUGGACAAUAAGGACUCUCUUACCGAAGCUGCCACGCUCAGCAAGAGUCUUUCCAAGAACGGUGUUGAAGUCGUCGUCGUCGCCGAGCGGUUGACCGACGGCGUCGACCAGACGUACUCCGGCUCCGACGCUAUCCAGUUCGAUGCGGUGGUUGUUGCCAACGGCGCGGAGAGUCUGUUCAGCUUCUCUAGUUUGACUGGCGGUGGUGCGAAGAACGCGACUGCUGGUGCUGCGAGCACGCUCUUCCCUGCUGGUCGGCCAUUGGAGAUUCUGAUUGAUGGGUUCCGGUUCGGUAAGCCUGUUGCUGCGCUUGGUAGUGCUGUUACUGCGCUGCGGGGCGCUGCUAUUUCUCCGAGCAGGGAGGGUGUGUAUGUGGCCAAGUCUGCUGGUGACAUUGUCGAUGAGAUCAAGGAGGGUCUCCGCACCUUCAAAUUCCUUGACAGAUUUGCUGUUGACAACUAA